UGUGCUUCUUUUGUCAUGUGAUCGUAAAGUGAAAGUUGAGUUAAAAACACAACAUGCACAAAUGAGGAUUUUAUAGAGUAUCUUUACUGUCGCUUUUUCCUAGCUAAGAACUCAUUUAUAUCAGUCGACAAUUUAGGAGAUCCAGUAAAUAGAGUCUGAAGAAAGAUACAUUUAUGCAAAGUACAAAUAUAUAAGACAAGAAUAUGAUAAACAGAUAGAGUGAUAUGUCAUAGGAACACAUGUAGACAAUGACAGAACUUUUAUUCAAGAUCAUCAUUAUUGGUGAUCCAACAGUUGGAAAGACAUCCUUUAUUCAGAGAUAUGUCAACGAUUCAUUCCGCAGAGAUUAUAAAAUGACCAUUGGAGUUGAUUUUGCACUAAAAGUUGUGAAAUGGACAGAAAACCAGAUGAUCAAACUACAGCUGUGGGACAUAGCAGGGCAAGAAAGGUUUACAUCAAUGACCAGAGUCUAUUACAAAGAUGCCCAUGCUUGUGUCAUAAUGUUUGAUCUGACACAACGAUCCACAUUCCAAAAUGCCGUAAACUGGAAAAAGGACCUAGAUUCUAAGUGUUCAUUAACUGAUGGUACCCCAGUCCCUUGCUUACUUUUAGCAAACAAGUGUGAUCUCAGUCAUAGAGAAGUGGAACAGUCUGAGAUAGAAGAAAUGUGUAGAGAACAUGAUUUCAUUGGCUGGACUGAAAUAUCAGUCAAAGAGGGUAUAAUGAUUGAAGAACCAAUGAGAUUUUUGAUGGAAGAGAUGAUGAUAAAACACACAGAGAUGGAAGGAUUUUCAGAGUCUAUGAGACAAGCAGCAACCAACCCUGAAGCCAUCCAUCUAAAGCAACAAAGUACUGUAUUAGCUACACAGUCAGGGUGUGGUUGUUGAUGAAUGUUAUAUAGAUCAGUGUUACUUAUAUUGUUGUUAUUUAUGUUGAUCAGUGAAACCUAACGGUACAUUGUUGACAACUGAAGCUUUAAAUAGAUCAGGGAAACUUAAAUUAACAGUAUUCAACAAGAAUACUGAAUACCGUAUUAUCCAGAAUUUAUUGAAUUGUUAAAUCUGUAGGAUUGCAUUUUAAA